AUGCCAAUCACUUUGCUUCAAAAGUUUUUUCCCAUCAUUUUAUUUUCAACAAUCCUUAGCCUAACAAAUAUUGGACAUUCACACAACCUAUGCCAAGAUGACCAAAAAACUCUCUUACUUGAGCUGAAAAACAACUUGAAAUUCAAUUCGUCUGUCUCAACAAAACUGGUGAAAUGGAAUCAAACCGAUGAUUGUUGCGAGUGGGAAGGCGUGGGAUGCGACUCAGCAGGCCAUGUUGUGAUUCUUCAACUCGACAGCGAGGGCAUAUUCGGUGGAAUUGAGGAUUCAUCAAGUCUUGUAAGUCUUGAGAAGUUGAAGCUAGCAAACAAUUCACUUAAUGGGACCAUUCCCACUCUAAAUCACUCUAGCUUGAUUGAGUUAGAUUUGAGUAGUAAUCAACUCAAAGGCCCUAUUUCUAACUCUUCCCUCAAUCUCCAAAGUCUUGAGGUUCUCUCUCUAUCUUAUAACUUGUUCAAUGAUACUUUUCAACUUGAAAAUAUCUAUAGUCUUCACAACCUUACAACUUUGAAUCUUUCUCACAACAACUUGUCACUUGAUGCAAAUUCAAAUUUGUCUAGAUUUUCCCAUCUAAAGAAGUUGAGCCUAUCUUUUUGCAACUUGCACAAGAUUCCGGAUUUUCUAAAGCAAUCCAACUUGAACUUUUUGGAUAUCUCAGACAACCGGAUAGCCGGGGAGAUACCUAGUUGGAUUUGGGAAAUCGGAAAUGGGGGUCUUUAUCAUUUGAAUCUUUCUUAUAACCUCUUGUUUGAUUUGCAAAAGCCUUACCAUAUUCCCGACUUUCUUUCUGAGUUGGAUUUGCAUUCGAACCAGCUUCGUGGUGAGUUGCCCCUUCUCCCACGAGGCGCCUCGUAUAUCGACCUUUCUAGUAACAAAUUUGACAAGCCUAUUCCUCUUACCUUUGUAAGCUCCAACACCUUUAUGAUGUUCUUGUCUGUUGCAAACAACAGUAUAAGUGGAUCGAUUCCAACGUCCAUUUGCGGUAGUGAGACACUUCGAAUUCUUGACUUGUCUCUCAAUAACUUGAGUGGUAGCAUACCUCCAUGUUUUGCCGAAUGGAUGUCUAGUCUUGAAAUGUUAGAUCUUAGUAGAAACAACAUCAGUGGUGACAUCCCGGAUAAAUUUUCCACCAGUUGUCGCUUGAAGUUCUUGGAUGUCAACAACAACAACUUAGGAGGGAAUUUUCCGAAGUCUCUAGGAAAUUGCAAUUCAUUGGAGAUGGUGAAUGUUGGGGAUAACAAGAUUGAAGGUAGCUUUCCAUGCAUGCUGGCAUCAAGGUUGAAAGUUUUAAUUUUGUAUUCGAACUUGUUCGUUGGAGAGGUAAGUUUCUCAAGCUGGAAGAAAAUGGUGUUAGGUAGUAAGAAAUACAAGAGGGUUUUACCUCCAGACUUUAAUUACUUGGACUCAAAUCAAGGCUCACUGUCUCCGCUCUUGCAAGUUGUUGAUUUUUCUAGCAAUAAUUUCGAUGGAGAGAUUCCAGAAGCAAUUGGUGAUCUGAACUCGCUUACGGUUCUCAACUUAUCCCACAAUUCCCUGAUAGGGGCGAUCCCAAAGUCAUUUGGAAACAUGUCGGGUCUUGAAGCACUUGAUGUCUCAUUAAACCAGCUAACAAGCACGAUUCCGGUGGAGCUCAGACAGCUCACAUUCCUUUCAGUCCUCAGGGUAUCCUACAAUAAGCUUGUUGGAAGGAUACCACAGGGUAAUCAAUUUUCAACAUUUGACAAUGAUUCAUUCGUAGGAAACGCGGGGUUAUGUGGUGCUCCUCUCACCAUAAGCUGCAAUGGAUCUAAAUCUUGAAAACGUGGAAAGCCUGAGAUGGGGUGGCAUCGUAUAUUACUAUUGAUCUCAUUGUAAACGUUGUAAGAUUUUUAAAAAUAUCAAUAUUAUGCAUGAUUAGGUUAGGAAUUGUGCAGUGUGCGUAUUGUGUGUAUGUUGUGUGGGUACAGUGUGGGCGCACUAUGUGUGUACGAUGUAUAUGUGUAUUUUUAUGUAUGUGUGUAGUGUGUAUUCUGUGUGUGUAUGUAUUUAUGCAUUGUGUUGUGCACUGUGUGUAACCAUAAUAGUGCAUGCGCUAUGUGUGUGUAGGCAGUGCGAGUAUUGUCAUUUGACAGUAUUGUAUGCAA